UGGUGUGAGAUGGGAAAGCUCGCAGCCGCUCCAUCACGGCCCAGCAAGCAAUCUUCAGCCGGAAAAUGGAAUAAAAAUCAUCGCCACGCCAAGAAAAAUGGAGCGAGAAGCACAACCGCCGACUCCUACUUGAUCGCCGCCUCAGUUUGCUCAACAUGUCCGGUGCUGCUCUCGCUUGUGUUGCGUCCUUGUGAGUCCGUUCUGUACAAAGGAGCAUCCAUAAGCACCUGAGAUUGCUACCGAAUUAUCGAGAAGGAGCGAGAGGACCCGUUGGUGCCAAGAAGUCCGGAUCUACUCGCGCACAACACCGGCAAAUCGAGAGGAGGUUUAUAUUUUAGACGUUUUGCUACCUGGAGUCGUUUUCACAUUCGCUAAAAGUGACCUGUGUUGGAAUAAUGCAUGCGGGAAACGACAGCUUUUUGUCCUCGAUUAUGAUCAGGGUCCACAAAAGGAUGUUUUGUUGCGACUGUGCAACCCACGACAAGUGUGUGUCAUCCCUAUAGUGCUCCUGAGCAGGUCCUCUGAAGGCCUCCUGUAAACACACUCUCUGCUUUGUUGUCCAGAUAAGACUGUUGGGCUGAGACAAAUAAGACACAAAUAUGGUGGAGCCGGUGGGAUUCAUCGAGGCGUGGAAGGCUCAGUUCCCAGAGUCGGAGCCUCCGAGGAUGGAGCUAAGGUCCGUGGGGGGUAUCGAACAGGAGCUGGAGCGAUGCAAGGCGUCCAUCAGGCGGCUGGAGCAGGAGGUGAACAAGGAGCGCUUCCGCAUGAUCUACCUGCAGACCCUCUUGGCCAAGGAGAGGAAGAGCUACGACAAGCAGCGCUGGGGCUUCCGGAAGACGCCGCUCAACGAGGGGGUGGACCCCGCCGCUUCUCAGGGGGCAGAGUCCCAGCAGCCGCACAUGCAGGAGACCGGAGGGGUGGGUUGCGGCGUUGGGGGCGGGUACCCUACCGUCGGAGACAGAAGCCGCUACCAGCCUCAUGGUGACGGAACAGGCAGAUCCAAACCUAGACCCCCGCCAGCAAGGAAGUCGGCCUCCCACGGCGAUGGGCUGGAGUCGGCCUUCGAGGUGCCCCCGCAGGCUGAGUCAACCUCCUGCGACAACCUGGAUGGCCUUUCACCCUCCAAGCAAAGAGGGGGCAUCUCCGUGUCGCCAAGAAGGCCCACUCUCCCGCCCCCGGACAAGGAGCUGUCAUCCGACCCCAACGACAAGCUGGGCAUGGGGCUCGGUGUGGCCGCUCUGAGGUCCAACUUUGAACGAAUCAAGCGUGCCAACUCUCACUCUGUGGGCGAUAAAGGUCAAGAGAAGCAGAAGCAGCCACCCCUGCCACCUCCUCCUUUCUACACCAACAUGGAGUUCCACCACGACCGGGGUCUGGUCCGGGUCAACGACCGUGAAGUCUCUGACAAGAUCAGCUCUUUGGGGAGUCAGGCCAUGCAGAUGGAGAGGAAGAGAUCCCUGCACUCCCUCCCCGGGAAUCUGGCCACCGUGGCAGGGGAGCUCCGUGCCAGGCCCGUGUAUCGGGGGCGGUCCACUGAGAGCACCUGCGGGUACGAUGCGGAGUAUGAAGAUGGAGAGCCCAAUCAGAGAACUAGAUCCAAUGGUGGCAAACCUCCACCGCCGCCUUGGCAACCCUCUGACUUCCAGGCCUACUCCAGCGUCUACGUCGGCGGGGUCAUGAUGGGCGAGGGCGGCGUCGGCGGGGAUGGGCGAGUCCAAAUGAGAGACCACAGCGGAGGCGGAGGUGACGACCACCUCCUCACGUGGCCUCGCCGUUCAUACUCCCCGGGUAGCUUCGAGGACGUUGGCGGGGGCGGCGGCUACACGCCGGACUGCAGCUCCAACGAGAACCUGACGUCCAGCGAGGAGGACUUCUCGUCGGGGCAGUCCAGCCACGUGUCGCCCAGCCCCACCACUGCCUUCCGCAGGCCCUUCCGGGAGAAGAGUCGCUCGCCCUCGCAGAACUCCCAGAACUCGCAGCACUCGUUUGACAGCAGCAGCCCGCCGACACCGCAGUCACAGAAGCGCCACCACCGACAGCAGGGCGGCCACGUGGUCAUGUCGGAGGCCACCAUCGUCAGUGUGCGCAAGACGGGGCAAAUAUGGCCGCCGGCUGUCCACCACGACCUCAUGCCCCAUCACGGCAGAGCGUCGCAUGACAACAGUUACCAUGGAGACCACCUGGAUGGCCAUUACACCGGGACGCCGCCCUCUUACGGCUACGACGCCGACCGCGCCGAGGAGCAGCGGAGGCACCACGACAUCCUCCCCUACAUUGACGACUCGCCUUCGUCGUCGCCUCACCUGAGCUCCAAGAGCCGCAGCAGUCGGGACACGCUCUCGUCGGGAUCGCUGGAGUCCUCCAAGUCGACGGAGUGCGACCUGGAGAAAGGUCUGGAAAUGAGGAAGUGGGUCCUGUCUGGAAUUUUGGCCAGCGAAGAAACAUACCUCAGUCACCUGGAGGCACUGCUGCUGCCCAUGAAACCUUUGAAAGCGGCGGCCACCACGUCGCAGCCCGUGCUCUCCGUGGCCCAGAUCGAAACCAUCUUCUUCAAAGUGCCUGAGCUCUACGAGAUCCACAAGGAGUUCUACGACGGGCUCCUGCCCCGCGUCCAGCAGUGGAGCCACCACCAGAGAGUUGGGGAUCUUUUCCAAAAACUGGCCAGCCAGUUGGGAGUUUACCGGGCGUUUGUGGACAACUACGAGCUGGCGGUGGAGACGGCCGAGAAGUGCUGCCAGGCCAACACGCAGUUUGCCGAAAUAUCAGAGAACCUGAAGGUGAGAAGCCCCAAAGACUGCAAGGAGCCCACAGCCAAGAACUCCCUUGAGGCUUUGCUUUACAAGCCAGUGGACAGAGUGACGCGCAGCACGCUGGUGCUUCACGACCUGCUCAAGCACACGCCCGCCAGCCACCCGGACCACCCGCUGCUCCAGGACGCGCUGCGCAUAUCGCAGAACUUCCUGUCCAGCAUCAACGAGGAGUCCACGCCACGAAGGCAGCUGAUGACGGUCAAGAAGGGCGAGAACCGCCAGCUGCUGAGGGACAGUUUCAUGGUGGAGCUGGUGGAGGGAGCCAGGAAGCUGCGACACGUCUUCCUCUUCACCGACCUGCUGCUCUGCGCCAAACUGAAGAAACAAAUCGCCGGUAAAAACCAACAGUACGACAGCAAGUGGUACAUCCCGUUGAGCGAACUCGCCUUCCAGGGACCCGAGGAAGCCGAGCCCCUCACCGUCCCGCAAGUCCCCGACGAGGAGCUGGACGCCAUGAAGGUGAAGAUCUCCCACCUGCGCAGUGAGAUCCAGCGAGAGAAGAGCGCUAACAAGGGUUCAAAGGUCAUCGACCGUCUCAGGAAGAAGCUGUCCGAGCAGGAGUCUCUGCUGCUCUUGACGUCUCCCAGCAUGCACCUCCGAGUUUACAACAAGAGCGGCAAGAGCUACAGCUUCCUGAUUUCGUCCGACUACGAACGAGCAGAAUGGAAGGAGCUCAUCAAAGAGCAGCAGAAGAAAUGUUUUAAAGCCUCUUCGUUAACGUCCAUGGAACUUCAAAUGUUGACCAACUCGUGUGUCAAGCUGCAGACGGUCCAUCACAUCCCGCUUAGUAUCAAUAAGGAGGAGGAUGAAGCGCCGGGUCUCUACGGCUUCCUGAAUGUAAUCGUCCACUCCGCCUCCGGCCUCAAACAGAGCUUGAAUCUCUAUUGCACAUUGGAGGUGGACUCUUUUGGCUUCUUUUCCAAUAAAGCCAAGACGAGAGUGUAUCGAUACACCACUGAACCCAAAUGGAACGAGGAGUUCGAGAUUGAGCUGGAGGGCUCGCAGACCCUGCGGCUGCUCUGCUACGAGAAGUGCUACAACAAGACCAAGCAGAACAAAGAGGACGGCGAGAGCACGGACCGCAUCAUGGGGAAAGGACAGAUCCCGCUGGACCCGCAAACUCUGCAAGGCAAAGACUGGCAAAGGACGGUCAUUCCCAUGAAUGGGAUUGAGGUCAAACUAUCCAUGAAGUUCACCAGCCGGGAGUUCAGCCUGAAGAGAAUGCCCUCCAGGAAACCCAUGGGCGUCUUUGGAGUCAAGAUCUCCACCGUGACCAAACGCGAGCGUUCCAAGGUGCCCUACAUCGUCCGCCAGUGCCUGGAGGAGAUUGAGAGGCGGGGGAUGGAGGAGGUGGGCAUCUAUCGAGUGUCCGGGGUGGCCACUGACAUCCAGGCCCUCAAGACGGCCUUUGACACCAACAACAAAGACGUGUCUGUGAUGAUGAGCGAGAUGGACGUCAACGCCAUCGCCGGCACCUUGAAGCUGUACUUUCGGGAGCUUCCGGAGCCGCUGUUCACCGACGAGCUCUACCCAAAUUUUGCAGGCGGCAUCACGCUGUCGGACAGCGUGGCCAAGGAGAGCUGCAUGUUGAACCUGCUGCUGUCGCUACCGGAGCCUAACUUGGUCACCUUCCUUUUCCUCUUGGACCACCUGAAAAGGGUGGCAGAGAAGGAGUGCGUCAACAAGAUGUCCCUCCACAAUCUGGCCACCGUGUUCGGCCCCACCCUCUUGCGGCCCGCCGAGAAGGACAGCAAGAUCCCAUCUAACCCCACCCAGCCCAUCAGCAUGGGGGACAGCUGGUCCCUGGAAGUGAUGGCACAGGUCCAGGUGCUGCUGUACUUCCUGCAGCUGGAGACCAUCCCCACCCCUGACAGCAAACGACAGAGCAUCCUCUUCUCCACCGAGGUCUAAAGACUACUUUGGUUACCUCAAACGUGGACCGUGAAGGACUCAAAGUGAGCCUCGCAGGAGAGGAAAGGAUUUUUUUCCCCACCACUAGAGGGUGACGUUGAGCCUCUAGCCGCGUCUGUCAGCUAUCCGUAUGUUCUUCUUCCGUCUGCAUUCCUUCAAGAGAUCUCAUCCUCUCCAACAUUUCCAGACAUCAUGUCAGCAAGGAAGGGGAAUAUCCGGCGUUCCUGCUCAUAAAGCCGUAAAGCCGACGGUCGUGCUUCUUAUGUCUGUUUACAAGGUAAACAAACCACAGCCGCUUGAAGGAAUUACCGAAGGAAGGCGUUUACAGUAGAUCCCGGCUAUUCGUUCCAAGACUCCCCAGCAAUUUAUGAAAAAACACAAAUAAUGGCCGUGAAAAAGUCUUUUACACAUGAACAUAAACAAUUGCAGGCACACAGUAUACAGCAGGGGUGUCCAAACUUUUUCCACCGAGGGCCGCUUGCUGAAAAAAAGCAAAAGAUGCUAAUAUUUCUCCUUUUGUGUACCAACCCAAACAGAUAAGAAGUCAUCCUAUGUACAUAUACUUCAAGCUUUGUGUUUACAAGUGGCCAAACCUAUUUCUUGCUCGUUUUUCAUUUCUUUCUCUUUUUUUUUUUUCAUUUUUCAUUUACAAAAAUUUCAAUUUUCACCUCGGAAUAUUUGGACUUUAUUCUCACAAUAUUAGAACUUUUUUCCCCCCAAACUAAUUUUCCCAAAGCUUUAAAUUAAUUUUUUGUUUUUCUUCUAAUAUGGCAACUUUUAAAAUGUGAUAUUUCAACUUUAUGCUUCUAAAAUCAUUUUUUUUUCCCUCGUAAUAUCGCAAUUUUGUUCUCUUAAUAUUAAGACUUUUUUUCUCUUGGCUUUAAACUUUUUUCUCUUUUUCUGCUGUUUUUUUUUAUUUACUUUUCUUGAUUUUUUUAGGUGUAAUUACAUUUUUGUUUUUUUAGAAUAUGCAGAUGGCCAAUUUAAAACAAUGCCACCUAAUUGCUGCUCCUUUUUCCAUUUUUGCUGCUGUUGGGGCCCGAGCGCCAACGUGGGAAGGCCUCCUUGAAACCGCUAUGUUUAUUCUUUUUUUUCCCCUAUUUUUCCAAUUUUCUUGCGUUUUUGAGGACCUUGGGAUGCAUCGAAAACUCAAAAUUUGCAAGCGUGCCAGGUUUGUGAUAUUUCCGCGCUCCCGAAGACGAACUCCCGGAUCUCACUCGGUAGCGUUUCACCGAACCCCACGGAAUUUGGUGAUGACAUCAAUCAUGACGGGAUGAGAAAAAAAGUCUCAAGGACGCACGUUCCAAAACAAACAGGAAGCCGGCCAUUUUGGUUUCUGGCGGCAAUUCUGGGUUCUGGCACUUUGACCAAAAGAGCCCAAAUGCAAAUGGCAGACACUCGGCAGAUGGCCCUUGUUAAACCACCAAGGAUUUUAGACUGGGCCAUAAGAUGUGGGCUUUGAUGAUCAAUCAAACAAUUUGCCACUAAACUGUAACUGUUAAAAACCCACACGGUGAUAUCUUCAUCAUAGUUGCCGCAUGUGGUGAAGACGACAACUUGAUGCUAUACUGUACAUGAGUCACGUCCUGCGUCCUGAAUUUGUCUCAGCGCCACCCAGUGGCAGCAGGGACCCUGAGUUGCAUGGGGGUGCGAGGGCCCGUUCAAUGCUGUUUUAUCUUGUUUUGUUUUUUUUUAUUUAAUUUUAUUUAUUUAUUUAUUUUUUAUGUGAUGAAGGCUAAUUAAAAAAAACACAGACCACAUGGAGGCCCUGGGCCACACUUUGGACACCCUUGGUAUACAGUACUGUAUCGAGAUCCUCGAUAUUGGCUUUCUUAUCGAUGUCGGAUAUAUCGAUAUUACACAUUUACAAUCCAAAGGCCAAACUUGAAAUUACUUUCACACCGCAGCUUGUUGCUGUGUGGAGCGUGUCAUCACUCAUGCACCAAUAUCCUUAUCGGCAGAAAAGGCGAUACCGAUAUGAACUGACUUUUAUGCCGAUACCAGCAGUGAUUGUACCUACAAAAGGUUCCGUUACACAGCAUCACGUCUUGUCAAAGCAUCUUCCUGCUGGAAAAUGUGGACUUGUAAGACAGCGCCCUCUGCUGGAUUGGCAGCUGCAGCACCAUUUCCCCGCCGCAGAUAGCGCCAUCAAACCCCAUUCUGGUUAAGUUACCAUUAAAAACAUUUGUAAAAAUUGGGAUUGACGCCGAAUAAGCGGGGAUUUACUGUAUUCCCAAAAUGGCCACACCGCCUGCCGUUUUUCUUCGCCAUUUUGCGCUCUUUCCCUGAACGAUCCACAGAAGGCGAUGUAUUUUCUACCUUGUUCCAUCGUGCGGGAUGGUCCGUCCCUCGUUGUACAUACUCUUAAAGUCUGUCUUUAAGAUCUUUAUAAUCUAAGAUGUUGAGUGUAAUUUAUUCCUGUUUUUUCUAUGUGCGUACUUUAGGGGGUUUUGGACGAGGCGAGUGCUUUUAGCGAGCCUCCGACGUGUCUCGCCGUUAACAGAAGCAGGAUGUUAGCCUUGUUCUUCGUUCUUCUGCAGCCUUUUUAUUGCUUCUUUCACUACGAAGGUGACGUACUUGAACGCUGCUGUCGGGGGCGGAAAGGCACACGUUUUUUUUCCUCGUUCUUUUUUUUUUUUUUGAAGCUGCUCCGUGUCGCAUCCACACAACAUCUUAGUGGUGACGUUUCUGCAUCGUUUCAGCUAAAACGCCGUCGUGUUUGAUCGUCGCCGUCUCCCUACUGGAGAGAGAGUGUGUUUAUCGGGUCGGAGUCGACGCGCAUCAACAGCAACAUGAAACCGGCUGAAUGUCAGCGCUCCUAAAUAACUCGCCGCCGUUGUGGCGUUACCGUAAAUGCUCCAGUUGUUGCCGGACGUUUAUUUUCCUAAAGCACAAAGCAGCUGACGUAUAAAAUAUAAAGCAAUAGGUGUGUUCGUGUAACACGCGUGACCUUUACACCAACAGCUGAGUAGCAACAUUUUAAAGCGCAUGCAGAGCUAGUAAAGCUGCUGAAUGUGGGGGUAAUUAAAACACAAUCAGGAGGUUGCGGACAGGCACAACCAAUGUUUUGUUUUGCUCUUUUUUUUGUUUUUUGGUAAAAUUACAACUUUUUUUAUUACAAGAUUUUUUUAUUGUAAAAUUAUGACUUAUUUAUUAAAUUACAAGAUUUUUUUGUUCGUAAAAUUCAGUGUUUUUCAUAUAAAAUGAAAGGGUUUUUUUUUUUGUAAAAUUAUGACUUAUUUCCCAUAAAAUUACAAGAUUUGUUCUUGUAAAAUUAUGACUUUUUUCCUUGUAAAAUUCCAAUAUUUAUUCUCGUAAAAUUUUGACUUAUUUCCCAUAAAAUUACAAUUAUUUACCAUGAAAUUACAAUAUUUAUUCUCAUAAAAUGAUGCCUUAUUUCCCAUAACAUUACAAUAUACAGCAUUUUUUUUAGUAUGACUUAUUUCCCAUACAAUUACAAUACCAAUUAUUGUAAAAUGAUGACUUAUUUCCCAUAAAAUUCCAAUACUUAAAAUUUAAAUAUAAAAAUAAAUUAUGGCUAAUUUCACAUCAAAUUACAAUAAUUUUUCUUGUAAACAUACAACUUUUUUCUCAUAAGAAUAAAAGUUUGUUCUUGUAAAAUUACAACUUUUUUCUUAUAACAUUACAAUAUUUUAACUUGUAAAAUUGCAACUCAUUUCCCAUAAAAAAAUGUUCCCCCCCCGUAAAAUUCUUUGACUACUUUUUAUCUCGAAUAGAAGUGUUUUUUUUUCUCAUAAAAUUAAGACGUGUUCUUAUGGAUUACGACUAUUUUUUGUGAAUAAUUUUGUUGUAUCUCUUAAGAAUAUUAAAUUAAAUUAAAUUAAAUUAAAUUAAAUUAAAUUAAAUUAAAUUAAAUUAAAUUCGGACUUUUUCUCAUCGAAGUAAACCUCUUUUGUCAUUAUAUUAUUUCCCUUUUGUCAUAAAAUUCCCAAUAUUUUGAGUGUCACAAUAUUAUGACCGUUUUCUUGUCAAGUUAAAAAAAAGAAUUGGCCAUAAUAUUAUGAAUACUUUCUUUCUGUCCUCCUAUGAUCUUUUUGCUCAUAAGAAGAUGAUGCGUUUCUAUUAACUGUUUUCUCUCAAAACAAAUACUUUUUUCCCUCAUAAAAACUCUAACGGAGGUUUUAAUUGGAGCAUUUACGGAACGUGAUUAUUGGCACAUGUGCACACUUUGUACAGUGGAACCUUGAACCCCGAAAACACCCAACAUGACCAAGUCCAUUCGUUUCAGUGGGAAGGUACGGAGUGUGUGAGGUGGCACUGUACAAAAGUUAGCACGCAGCUUUGGUGACUAAGAUUAGCACGCAACUUUGCUGCCCAACGUUAGCACACAACUUCAGUGAUUGACAUUAGCACGCAAAUUUGGUGACUAACGUUAGCGUACACUAACAGUAGCACCCAACGUUGGUGACUAACGUUAGCGCACAAAUUUGGUGACUAAUUUGGCACGCAACUUUGGUGACUAAUGGUAGCACACAACUUUGAUGACUAAUGUUAGCACGCAACUUUGGUGACUAGCGUAAGCAUGCACUAACAUUAGCACGCAACGUUGGUGACUAACGUUAGCACACACAAUUGCCGACUAAUGUUAGCACAACUUCAAUGACUAAUGUUAGCACAACUUCAAUGACUAAUGUUAGCGCGCAACUUUGAUGACUAGCGUUAGCACGCAGCAUAGGCAAGUGGGUGAUCCAGGGGAGAUGCUGUCUUAGUAACGAGCGUUUAUCCCAUCCAAACAUGAAAAUGAAUGAAUGAUAAGCCCCGAUAUUAAAGCUCCAUAGUGAUGUUUUGGUGAUGAACAUGCAGGCAUGUUGAUUUUCAUUUGUGUUUUUGUACUUUUAUUUAUUCCAAUGCAUCCUUAGAGCGGCCCCGUCAUCAUUAUUACUUGUGGGAAAAGUUGACUUAUGGAGUAUACCGUAGUACAGCAUAUACAUAUCUCCAUUUCUGUGCUUUAAUUAAUAAUAAAAAAAAGCAUAUCUAAAGUUUUUUAAAAAAUGCAUGCUCGUAGACGACCACCAUGUACCCCAUCAAACAUCUCGUAGGUUUUUUUGGAAUGAAAGCACAACAGGUAGUUUCAUCGACACUUUUGAUAGAAAAACAUGUGAAAUUGGACGCGAGCGCCGCCAUCUUUGGUCCGUGUUUCUAUCAGUAAGUCCUCAAGCGUCCACGAAUCCGCUUGUUCCAUGGCGCCAACACGUCCUUUUGGCCUUGCUGUGUGUAGCAUGCGUUUCUACGUCUACGUCCCGAUUGCCUACACUUCUUGUAAUGACCCUGUCGUGCCUCAAAACACACACACACACACACACACACACACACACACACACACACACACACACACACACACAGCUUUUGUUUGGCUUGACAGUGCAAACUUUCCUUGUUGCCUUUUUUUGCUGAGCACAUUUUCUUCUUCUAGACUAAGACAGGACCUGCAACUGCUUCAAAGUCUCAAUAAACGGUCUUAGCUGGUCCACUAUGCGCCCGCCCUCCUUUCUAACGCUGAAAUUCUUGCCCGUGUCCUUAUUUCAAGUCCCUUAAAUGCCUUUUGAAGCGUAUUUAUUUAUGCUCUGUCUUGAAAUAGAAGGUCUGCUGGAUCUAUUUAUUUAGGACAAUAUCCUCCAGGAGAACGUUCAUGUUUCUUGUUGCGUUUGUCGUCAUUGGUGGUGUUAAAAUAAACCAAGACUGGACACUGUGAUUGUUGGAAGGAAGGCAUCAAGGAUGCAUGACACCCUGUUUGGUAUGUUGCUUUGUCGUUGGCACAACGGAGGAAGGAGUUUUGGGGCCGCACUCAAAAGACAAAAACAUGGUUUUGACGUCAUGAAGGCGUGGUGUUACUGGAAUAACGUCGACACAAGUGGCAACGCCAUGAAAAGAAACUCGCACUGUGGCCAGAAUAAAGACACAUUUUUCACGUAACACGCCGAGAGGAAAGUUAUUUGAAAAAGUCAGAGCAAUGCAACAUCCGAUUCCCCGUUACACCAAAACGACCGGAGCAUCCGUGUGACAAAUUGACCUUAUUCUCUGCAAAGUGGGACUUUUUCCAGCUCAAAUUAAGAAAAUAAAUAAAUAUCUUUAUAUUACGGAUUUUUUUUGUUUGUUUUGUUUUGUAAAAUUACAGUUUUUUUUCAUAAAAUUUCAUUUUUUUUGUGCAAAUUUACGACUUCUUUCUCCUAAAAUUGCAAUUUGUUCCUUGUAAAAUUAUGAUUUUUUAAAAAAUUAAAUAAAAAAAUUUUUUUCUCAUAAAAAAACUUUUUUCUUUCAAAAUGCAGACUUUUUCCUCAUAGCAUUCCAACCUUUUUCUCAUUAUAUGAUGUUUUUCUUUUAAAAUUGUGUCUCAUAAAAUGAUGAGUUUUGUCUCAUAAGAUUAAGACUGCUUUCUCUAAAAAUUAUGCAUUUAAAAAAAAAAGUACAUUAAAAAUGACAACUUUUUUCACAAAAAACACAUUUUUUUCUCGUAAAAUUGAGAUGUUCUAAAAUUAAAACUUUUUUGUCAUUAUUAGUUUUUUUCUCAUAAAAUUACAAUCUUUUGUAUUAUAAAAUUCUGACUUUUUUCCCUUGCAAAAUAGUGUCUCGAAACUACUUUUUUCUCUAAAAACUGAAAAAGAAUUCUCCUAAUAUUCAAAAUUGUUUCCCCCAAAUUACUACUCGUUCUGUUAAAUAUUGUUUUUAAACUCAUCUUUAAAUUAAAGGGAAAGGCUUCUUGAGACGUCAUCUGUACU